AUGAUGGCCAUUGAGCAAUCUUCAAAGAGAAGUGCCGAUGGGCCGACAGGUGCUGUGGAGGCCAAAAAGAGACGGGUUGAAUUUGCUGAUGAGGUCAUGAUCCACAGUGAAAACGGCGAAAACCAGACCAACAAGGAGUUUUCAGCAAAACUUUACCGUAACUUUGUGCUGAGCGCCAUAGAUGAUCUUGAAAGAAACGAUGCCUCCCAAAUAAAUUCGUUAGCUGCGCAGAUAGCGCUCCCGCAUUCGAGUCCCGAUCGGAUUUCGCCCGAAAAUCUAUCAAUCCUCCUGCGGACUUUGUCUUAUAACGUCAGCAAGCUCGAUACCCAACUGUGCACAUCCCUAAUCCAAUCUGUUAUCAACUUUGAGAAGUGGUGGGAACUGCCCGCCGCAACUCUAAGUACGUAUAUAUUCUUCAUUAAAAUCCUCUGCUCCAGCUUACCAAAGUGGUGGCAGGAUGUGUCGCGCCCGUUGAUCGCCAGUUUCAAUUUGUCCGUGGAAAAAACUGUCCAACAUCAUGAAAUGCUGAAAUACUUCCUUCGAACGAUUCCUACUUCGACUGGGUUCAUUGACUCCUACAUUGCUCGUUUUUUCCCGAAUAAAAACGACUCAAAAAAGAAUUUAGUCAAUUACAUGGCCAAUGUUUUAUUACUGACCGACUAUUGUAAUGAACUAAGAUUUCAAUCUUGGUCGUUGGUUAUCGAAAAAGUCAUUUCCAUUGACGUCGAACUACAAAAUGAGCUCGAUGAGUUGGACGAUGACUUUGAAAAUGGCAUUGAUGACGAGAUCGAAGGUGAUGAAGAUACAGACCGGGAGAAUCUAAAUCUUGACAGCGCUGAUUCCGAUAAUGAACUCGAUGACGAAGACUUAAUGGAUGGUCAAGAAGAGUACAACGUGGUCGUCUCGCAAAACAUAAAACAACUGUCGUCCAAAUUAGACGCAAUUCUUUCUCUCAUAACGAAAAGGCUAUCGCAAUCUUUGACCGUGGAGAGCAUUGAAAAUGGUGACGGCGUCAGCAUUUUCAACACCCUAAUAAGCCUCUUCAAAUCACACAUUCUUCCGACCUACUAUACCCGUUCCAUUCAGUAUAUUUUGUUCCAUGUCUCACAGCAACAAUUGGAACUCAUGGAUGCUUUCUUAGUUACUCUCAUUGAUAUUGCAUUUUCCCCUAAUGAAAUGAUCGAAAAGAGGAUAAAAUCUCUACAAUACAUUGGGUCCUUCAUUGCUCGUGCUAAAAUGCUAUCAAACACUCAGAUCAUAUUUGUGGCAAGUUAUCUAACUUCUUGGCUCAACCGUUACGUCCUGGAAAGAGAAGACGAAGUAAGUCAGACAAAUGGUGUCGAGAGAUUCAAACAUUUUUAUGCUGCAUUUCAGGCAUUAUGUUACGUAUUCUGUUUUAGGCAUGCGACUUUCAGAGACGGUGAUUCUUGGGAGUGCGAGAUUGACAAAUUUUUCCAAAGAAUGGUCUUGUCUAAAUUCAAUCCUCUGAAAUACUGUAACGAAAACGUUAUGAUGAUGUUUGCUCGAAUCGCUCAACAUGAAGGUGUCGUCUACUGUUUUGGUAUCAUUGAAAACAAUAACAAUGAAAGGCUGAAAGGCAUUAUGGGCAAAUCAGAUAGUCAAAACUCAUCAGGUACAGUGAGUAAUUGGUCCCUUGCGACUCGUCAACAAUUCAUAGACCUGCAAAGCUACUUCCCAUAUGAUCCGCUUUUUCUCAAAAACUUCAAAAAAAUGAUGAAGGACUACUACAUAGAGUGGAGCGACGUCAGUUGCGAAUAUGAAAGCGACGAGAGUGACGAGCUUGACGAAAUAAACAGGGAUAUAUAG